UUUGGUUGAAGUUGCAAAAGGUGACACUGGGAUUUUAAAUUGUAACAUUUUAAUAUGUCUCAAUUGCUUAAGCAAGUGUUUCCAUUGUCAUAGAAGUAUCGACUGACUUAGCUGAAUGUAAUAAUACAUGUAAUACAUGUAUUGUGUGUUACAAUUUGUAUAAGAAUCUAUAUCUACUAGUGAUGUAAGCUACAGUGUCAUAAUCUGGCUGGACAUUAUCUCUGAUUGACUAUGUAACUAUUGGUGUUAAUGUCAAUAUAUGAACUUGUUGACAUGUUAAAGUGUAUACUAUUUCUUUGUUAAAAAAAGAAAAGAGAGCUAUGUGCUAAUAGUAAAAUAAUAUGUGACAUGACCAUGAAUGGAUAUUAAGAAUAUUUGCUAUAUUUUGUGAAUGAUAAUUGAUAUAGAUUUUGAAAUUUGGAAAUAUAUGUUUAAUGAAUGUUAAAAUAAGGGAUGAAAUUUUCAAACAAACCUGAAAGAAGUGUGCAGAGAGAUAGGAGGGACAUGGUCUAUUCUCAGUCAGCCAUGGAUAGAUCAGCAUCUGGUACCAAUUACUACAGUAUUCCCAAUGAUUCAAGCCAGUCACAGUCUCUGCCACGAGAAUGGGAUCCCCAGGGAACGAAGAUGUCACCUGCGCGUCGAACAUUCUGUCUCUUUACAACUUUUGAUCUAAUUCUUACCUUUAUACUAUGGGUCAUUUAUACACAGUUAAUAGGUAUUUCACCAAUAUGGAAGGCGUUUGAAGACCAAGUAUAUAAAUACACAUUUGAAGCAUCUCUGUUUGACACAGUGAUGAUUUCUACAGCUCGAUUUACAUUUAUAAUUCUGGCGUAUGCUUUAUUCAGAAUCAGCCAUUGGUGGGUUAUUGCAAUAUCAACCAGCAUGACUUGUAUAUAUCUACUUUUUAAAUGUUUUUUGUUUGAGUUCAACGAUUCAUUAUUAGGUGGCAAGAAUCCACUUAGCUAUAUAGUUCUUAUAGUAUGUUUUAUAUUGGCGUGGAUUGAAACGUGGAUGCUCGAUUUUAAAGUUGUACCCACAGAAAAGAGAGUCCGGCAUAGAGCUGAGCACUCGGAUGAUGAAAGUGACCCGCUGCUGUACCAUCAUUCCCAUCAUUCUCGUCGUAUUGACAGGCAUUCUAUAGAGGACACGAGGGAAUUUUAUUCUCCAAUGAACACUCCAGAAGGCUCUGAGGAUGAAGGGGACCAUCUGCACGGUGUUAACCAUGGUCACAAUCCACAUCAUCAUAAUCACCAUCACCGUCACCGGCACGGUGACCAGAGUUCGAUCACCAGUAGCAUCAGUCGAAAGGCAAGUGACGCUUCCCUCUAUAGUGUGACUAGUACCGUUAGUUCUGUGGACGCUGAACACUACAAUCAGUUGCUGGAGGAGGCAAAAACGGCCUUCUUGGAAUUAUUUCAUAUGGACGGCUGGAAAUUAGAAUCGGGUAAAAGUCUUGAAGAAGGAAUCAUUUACAGUCAAAAUAUCAAAAAAUUUGGCAGGAAACUUUUCAAACUUCAGGUGAUAAGACAUUUGUUACAGACGUUACAGGAGGUAGACGACUGUACAGAGAUAACCUACAGCGUUGCGGCCGAGGGAGGCGGUGGUCUCGUAUCGUCUCGAGAUUUUGUUAGUCUACGUCAGUGGAUAUGUUACAACAACUCAAUGUAUAUAGCUGCCAGUAUUGGCACAACACAUCCAGACAUGCCCCCUACCAAAAAAUAUGUAAGACCCGCAUGCGUUUUUGUAUCUUAUUUACAGACGCUUCAGGUAAUAGAAGGCAAUUCUGAGAUUACAUACAACAUUUCUGCCGAGGCUGCGGGCGGCCUCGUAUCUGCACGAGAUUUUAUAAAUGUACGCCAGUGGCUGCAGAUAGAGCAAGACAUGUAUAUAUCAUAUGGUGUAGGCUGUGCAUAUGCAGAUAUGCCUGUGCAGAAAAAAUACGUCAGGGGUGAUAAUGGACCCGGAGGUUGGGCAUUUGAAAAUGUGGAGAAUGAACCCAACCGAUGCUUGUUUACUUGGAUUGUAAACACUAAUCUAAAGGGCUGGUUACCACAAGCUGCAAUAGAUCAAGCAAUGUCAGGGGUAUUGUCAUCAUAUUUCAAAUUAUUAAUAGAACAUUAUAAAGAAGUUGUAUCACAAAGAUCUAAUGGAUUAUAGCCAUAUUACAUCUAGUGUUUACAAAGUUCUGUGAUAGGUCAUUUUAGAUCAUAGAUUUUAUAAACCACUUGCACCAAAGCGCCGAAGAAUGUAUGGAUAUUCAACAUGUAAGACACUGCAGAAAUUCUUGGAUGAUGGAUAUAUACUUAUAUAUAAGUUUUUAGCAGGCCUAAAUGUGUGAAAAUUUUGCUUUGGAGAUCAGUCUGUAAAUACUUAUUGGUUUAAUUGAAAUUAGCCAAUCAGAAAAAGAAAGGAAAUGUUAGACCGGACAACAUGAGCAAAAUUUUGAUUUUGAAUGUACACCGUUGUAACAAGUCUAGUUCUCCUAUGAAAACCUGUAAAGUAACCUUGUAUACUUAAAAUAGUGUUUUUUUUAUAUUCAUAACUGCUACAGUAUAAUUUAUUAGGUUGCAGACCACAUAACCACAUGACCAUCUAUCAAGUUUUCAGUGUUUUAAGUUUUAUGUUUUAAAAUUUAUCUUUAACAGUUGUUUCUUAAUAGGCAAUAAUUGUCUUCUAAUUAGUCCAAAGAACAGAUAUAUCGAUACAUUUCAUAUAUUUCAAGCAAAUCAGAACAAAAAACAAACUCCUCCAAAACUAUACAUUGAACUAAAAACUUUAUCAGGGGCUCUAAUGAGAACAAAACAUUGCAUAAACUUUUAACAUUUUAUUACUAGAUUUGAACAAAAUCUACAAAUUUAUCAUGUAAAACAUCACAUUAUUUGUAUAGUUUCACAACAAACAUGCUACAUUCUAUAUUCAGUAUGCAAAAAUCCAUGAUCUAGCUGUUGAUUUACAAGCUGUUUGUUUUUGAAUUGCAUCUUUGAGACCUAUAUUUUUUUAAAAGGAAAUAGUUUUUCAUUUCAAUUGAGAAUGUAAAAGUAUUAAUUUAUAUUGUUGAAAAACAUAUGUAAAAUCUGUUUGUACACAAUUUAUUUUGUAUUCACCAGUGUGGUAUCCAAAUGCUAAAAUACUUGCAUGUAUAAGUAUAAGAUGUCACUUGAUUUGAAAUGGUUUAUUUUAAGUUAACCAUUUCUUUCAUGAGCAUUUUGUGAAAAAUGGCCUUUUUCAUUGAAAAGCCUCCUGUUACAAGUUCAAACUGCUAUGAAACAAUGAAAAAUGCUUCAUGAAACUUGGUACAAUUGUUGACUGGACCAUAACCUCUGUUAAGGCAUGCUCAAUCAUAAAUUUCUCAAAAUUGCGAAAAAUCACUAUUCUGCAUUGUUUUUUUAAUCAUCAAAACUGAUUUCAGAGUGCUGCAACUUCUCAAUGGAAUGAGAUAGAGUAAAAGGCUUUUCAGUGUUGGUUACUGAGUUACCCUAAGAUCGACCUGAGGCCAUUUUUACAUGUCCAAAAUUUUCUUGGCGAUGAGGUGCCGCCUCCCCUUCAAACUCCCCAAACAGAAAGGGGGCACAUCCCCCUUUUGACAACCCCUUGAUGUAUCAUUUUGAGAGGGGUGGCGCCAGAAAAGUGAUCACUUUUUUAACAACAUUUCUCAAACAAAGAAACAGUGUUUGGGGCCAAAAAAGGGCAUUUUUUUCACUGUUUGAGACCUCAAGGGGGGGGGGGGGUCAAAAUGUCAAAACACGUCUAUAUGAGGUAAAGGGUUAAACCUAUUAUUAUCCAUGAAUCACCAUCUCCACUGGUCUAAUUUCACUUUUUGACAGUUGUUGAAUGAUGCAGAUUGUUUUUACUAAAUAAACUAAAAUUAAUAUGAUCAUAUUAUGCAAGACCGGAUGAUUAUUGUACAUGUUGUAUUGAAUGUGUUAAAUAUAUAUGAAAAAUGGGAUUAGCUAAUUCUAAAAUGGACUUCCAUUAGUAUUUCAUGUUAUUUAAUUGAUUUUAUAGUGUAUAGUUGAGAAUGUGUGCCAAUGUCCAGUUUUGAUUAAAAACUUUUAUUUUUAUGGAACAAAAUACAUGUAUAAAGUUAAAAAAAUUUAAGUUCUGUACUAAUUAUUUUGACAACAUUUAAUGUUUAAGUGAGACAAAACAAAAAAGGUCUUAUACUCACAGGUUUUAUAAUGACCAGAUUGUCAGGUAAAAAUCUCCAAUAUGUUAUGAGGUAUCCUGGUACUUUUGGUGAUUUAGUGACAUCUUUCUCUUUGGCUGGUCCAUGGAUACAUACUUUGAAAAAUGACCCAGGUUCUUUACCUAAAUACUCUGCAAUCUUAAAAUAUGUUUGUUAUGAAAAAUGUAAGAAAAGGACCUUAAAUGAUUAAUAUUUUAACUUUUCAGAUUUUUUUUUUUGGUUCUAAUUUUUAUAUUUAAAAAAAAUAAUUCAAGUUUGUCUCUGAGCUUGAUAUUUAGGAUCAGAUAUUGUAUGUUUUCUUUAUUUAUUACAAUAUUUUUUGGAAGGUGCAAAAAACAUCUUCUUCGACUAUUUUUAGUCGUUUUAGAUAUUAUUAAUUAAAAAGCAAUGUUAUGUAACCAAGUCAUGCAGAUUUCCUUUAUUUGUGAACCAACGGACUUACUUUUGGACACAGUGAUUAAUUUGGAAAAGUGAUCAUUUUAUCAUUAUUACACUAGUUUUAUUGAAAUUAAUUCAUUCUUGGGUGUAUACAUUGACUUGGUUUUGCGGUUAUUUCCAAUGGUACUAAAUUCCUCCUGCCUGAAGGGGUUAAAGGACAUUUAUUAAGUUUGAAUAAUUACAAUCAUGUCAUGGGUUACUAUUUGUUUUUUGGAAGCAGAUUUAGGGAACUCUCCACUUUUUAUUAUGUUCAUUGUAUUAUGAAGAUAAUAUUUCUGUCUGUUGUACAAACGUUUAUUGUGAUUUUUGUAUGAUUUUAUGCAGCCUGAGGCAUUAUUUUAAAUCCCUUGUAUAUGAACAAUUUUAUGAAUGAAUACAGUUUUACCUAACUGUUUAAGUUCUGACAUCAAUAUUUCGUUCUGUAAUCCAUUCAAAGGCAUAUUAUGUCUCAGAAAUACAUGAAUUUUCACUUGUUUAGAAGGGCAAACAUAAGUUUUAUAACAUUUAAAACACCUAAAGAAAGAUGGACUGAAUAUAAAAUUAUUUGUCAUAAAAUUAGCAAAAUGUAAACAAUGUAGUGUUUGUCUUCCAUACAAAAUAGUUAUCACUAAAACUGUGUUUAUUUGCAAAAGGCAGCAGUAGCAAAUAAUGGUUAAGGUAAUUGGCCAAUAAGAAACUUAUUGAAAACUAUUAUACAACUGUAAAAAAAUGCUUUUGAAAAAAUAAAAAUAUAAGCAUUUCUGAUGCAUACUAGGCCUUUAAAUACCAAUGAGCUGUAAAUUCAAAGUAAGAUUUUUUUUUAAUUCAGUAGGGUUAGAGUAAAGUAAAUGGAUGGGUGUUUUCAGGAAAUGCAAAAUAUAUUUCUGAUAUGAAAUUUAUUUUUAUUGAUAAGUUAUGUUACAUGUACUAUUUUGGUGCAAUUUGUCUUUGUUUGAAAUGUGUAUUUUGUUUUCUGAUUAUUUAUUGACAGGGAAAAAGUGUGUUCCAGAAUUUUGUAUAGAUAUAAUGUUAUGUGUAUUUUAUAGAUAUAAUAUUAUGUGUGUUUUAUAGAUAUAAUAUUAUGUGUAUUUUGAAUAAAUGACUAAAAUGGUAUUCUAAUAAAAAGUUGGUAGAUUUUUUUUUAUGCAAAACAUGUUUUAUAGGGAAAUUGCCUUUAUAAACUUUUAACAUUUGAAACAUUUUUUAUAUAAAGUAUUUUGUAGAUAUAUGUUUAUAUAUAAAUACAAUUUUUAUUUCAUGUUAUUACAUACAUUUACAACGUUUAAAUUAGAUUGAUAGGUAGUAACAAAAUAAGAAUUAAAAUUCUAUGCCAGUCUGUAAUCUGAAAAUUAUGUCUGAAAUAUUGAUAUGGCUUCCAGUAAAAAGUUCGACUUUCAGGAAUUAAUCCUUAUGGUGCUGAACCUAUUUUUGAGCAUUAUUUUAUUUAUUUUAUUUUUAAAAACCUGUAAAUUAUAAGACUCAAAAUCAAGAAAUACAAUGUAGUACACAGCACUGUCCACAUUUUAACGUUAUAGUGACGUCAAUCAGUAGGUCAUACAGUCCAAAAAAUUUAACAGGCUGGAGGUUGAGGACCAUUCAUAUCUGACUGGGAGGACAAUAUAAUAGUAUGAUGUAUAAAAUGCUUUGAACUAUAUUAUUGUCCUUUUGGACCGCGCCCCACCCCCACAACCACCUCUGUUACACUCAGUAGGAUGCUGCAAUAAACUUGUGAAAUAUUGUUCAUUUUUAUAACAAUAGUCUGUUUUCUUUAUUUAUCUAUGUAAGGAAAAUUUACAUUGUGAAUUACAAAGUUUUUCAUUUAAUAUAAAGAUAAUAAUGUUGCACAUGUCUGUCAUUGUUUUUUCUAAUAUUUAAGAAAAAAUCUUCCACAUUAUAUUACGUUUUCAAAAAUGUAUAAUUAUGGUUCAUUAUAGAGGGUACAAAGUGUUUCUUCAUAUUCAUGUAAUAUUAAAAUUUGUUUCAUUUGCUUGACCAGCAGAAGUGGGUCUGGAGAAAUUCCAGGAAAAAUGCUAUAUCUUUUUGUUAACAAUUUUUUUUUUUUGUACAAUUCUAAGCAAAUUUUAUUGUUUGAAAUUUUUUCUUGGCUUCGUUGAAUCUAGCCCAUAUUUUUGGUACUUUCUGUAUUGUAAUACUUCAAAAAAAAUAAUAUUGUAUUAGAAAUUUAUGACAACACAAUUGCGUAGCUGUGGCAAUAUUUUUGUAAUUAUACUUCAUGAAAUUUAUUUUAGUUUUCAGACGAAAUUAAAUAUGAUAAAAUUAUUAUUAUAAACAACUGCUUGCAUGCCCUAAUUUGUGUAAUUUAUUAUUCAUGAUAUUCAAUAUUAAGGUUAGAUUAUAAAAAGAUAGACUGAGUCUUCAAAAUACUUUGAUGGCUACAAUCAUAUGCCAUUCCCUACACCCCUUUUAUCUAGGACCAUAUUGUUUUGGUUAUGUUGCGACUCCCUAUCAGCAGGCAUUUCUUACUUUGUCUAUACACUGUUUCAAUUAACCAAUUAUCGUCCAUGGACAAGGUAUUGCUCUUCCCGUAUAUGACACAAAGCAUCAUCAUUUUAAAGGCUUCAGUUUAAAUGCAAGGAUGUCCAUACUUUGACACAAAGAACCUCUAGACCAGAGUGUUUGUGUUUUUUUUUAACUAAAUGUUUGUCAUUUAUCAAAUUUCAGGAAAUUAAUCAUUAUUUACAUGUAAUAAUAUAUUAGGGACAAGAUAUUUGUGUUUAAUAAAAAACAACUUGUUUGAAAAGUGUUGAUGAUUUUGUAAGUAAUUUUUCAAGGCAAUGUUAAUACCUUCAAAGUAGGUGACUGUAUAUGUGUUUUAAUAGCCUGCUCCUAUAUAUUUGUACAAUAAACUUUUUGGAAUAUUUUUUUCGUUUAAUGAAAAAUAAUUAUAUUUAUUUCAUUGCUUCAUAUUAAAAAGUUGUUGAAAUUUA